AUGGUUGCCGCCACGAACGACCUCGCCUCGAUGUAUGCUGGCAGGGCACUUACCGGCUGGGGCUGUGGUGUGAUCACGGCCACGGUACCCUCAUACAUCGCCGAGCUGUCAGUCCCUUCAAUUCGAGGCAUUCUCACAGGUCUUUUUGAGGUUACGUACCAGACAGGAUCUUUGAUUGGCUUCUGGAUCAACUACGGCAUCAAUCAGAAUAUGAACCCCACGAGCUCAGCAUCGUGGCGCGUGCCUAUGGCGGUCCAGCUCAUCCCCUCUGGAGCUUUAUUGAUCGGCGGAUUUCUGCUUCAUGAGUCGCCUUUGUGGCUUUACCGCAAGGGGCGCGAAGAGGAGGCGAAUAAGAACCUUGUUGCUUUACGACACUUACCGAUCGACCAUCAAUACCUGCGAGAGGAAGUAGAGAUGAUCCGUGCUAGGCUUGCUGAGGAGGCCUCGGUUGCGGCGACGUAUGGCGGAGGGUUCUAUGCCUACAUCCGAGGAUCGCUGCACGAACUCUCACGAAAAGGAAUGUGGAACCGGUUGCUCCUGGUCUUCUGCUCAUUUGCUUUGCAGAACAUGUCCGGUGCCGCGGCCAUCAACUACUACUCUCCCAUGCUCUUUGGCUCCAUCGGCAUCAGUGAUGUGGCCCUCUACACGGGUAUCUACGGUCUUGUCAAGGCCGUCGCUUCCAUCAUCUUUUACGGUGCACUUAUCGAUAUUUGGGGCAGACGAAGACCGACGAUCAUUUCAUCUUUGGCUUGCUCUCUCUGCUUAUGGUUCGUAGGUGCCUAUGUCAAGGUCGGCAAUCCGGCACCAAUCAUUGCCGCUGGAGGAGAGCUUUCUGCCUCGACAGAAGCUGGUGGCCGCGCCGCAACCGCCGCCAUUAUGAUUUACUCAGUAUUCUGGUCGUUCGGUCUAAAUGGUAUCCCAUGGAUCGUCUCCGCUGAGAUCUUUCCCGGUGCUCUCCGCAAUUUGACCGGAACCUUUGCCGCUUUCACCCAGUGGCUGAUCCAAUUCAUUAUCACAAAAGCUCUUCCUUACAUUUUCAGUAGUCUUGACUACGGUGUUUGGUUCUUUUUCGCAUGCUGGAUGCUCACAGCUACUAUUUGGGCGUUCUUCUUCCUGCCUGAAACCAAGGGUGUCACAAUCGACCAAAUGGAUGUUCUAUUCGGCUACGAAGGUGACCGUCGCGCUCAAGCCCCGGUUUUGAAAUCCGAUGAUGCGAAGAGCGUAGAACAAGAUGUAAGAGAAGUUGAUGAGGCGGGUAGAGCAUGA